AUGGCGACAAGUGUCAAGGCGACAGCUGCCUGGCUGAGGGCAAGCAAACAAGCUCUGGAGGUCGGACCCGCURCAUAUACACCACCCGGCAAAAACGAGGUCGUGGUAAGAAACAGGGCGGUGGCGGUCAACCCACUCGACUGGUUCAAACGGGACGGCGGCAAUUUUGUCUUCGGCUGGAUCAAAUAUCCCUUCAUCAUGGGUAGCGACGCUGCGGGAGAGGUCGUCGAAGUCGGCUCCGACGUUUCACGCUUUGCAAUUGGAGAUCGUGUGGUGGGGCGUGCGGUUGGAAUGGAUCGUCGUAGCAAUCGGUCGAGCGAGGGAGCCUUCCAAACGUAUACCGUGCUUCGGGAGACAGUCACUGCGACCAUCCCGGAUUCAUUGCCGUUCGAACAAGCCUGUGUUCUACCCCUUGCCCUUUCCACCGCUGCAUGUGGGCUUUUCGGCCAGGAUUUCAUGGCACUCCCAGCUCCGACCUUGGACCCCAAGCCCACUGGUAAGACGGUUCUGAUUUGGAGAGGUGCCAGUAGUGUGGGCUGCAACGCCAUUCAAUUAGCUCGCGCCGCCGGCUACGAAGUCAUUGCAACUACAUCGCCGAGCAACCAUGACCUUCUACAUACCCUUGGGGCCUCGCAAGUCUUUGACUAUAAAAGCCCAACCGUCGUGAAGGACAUCAUCAAAGCCUUUGAGACCCGCACCACCGCCGGCGCCUUUGGCAUCGGAAGCACUUCUGUCGAUGCCUGCAUCUCUAUCCUUGGCAAAUGCAAAGGUCGAAGAUUCAUCGCACAAGCUAGCGUCAAUCUCCCUCCGGACGGUCUUCCAGCUUCCCUGCUGGGAUGGGCACCGUUUGGUGCGGCAAUGGCUUACCACAGCACAAGCUCGGCCAUAAAAGCUUGGCACAACGGAGUGGCAAUGAAGUUCAUCUGGGGCUCAGAUCCCGCGUGGAAUGAGCUGGGCCCGAUGAUCUAUCAUCAUUACCUCCCUCGAGCGUUGACGGAAAGCAAGUUCCUGCCUGCCCCCGAGCCAUUGGUAUUAGGAACGGGAUUGGAUCUGGUUUCGGACGGACUGAAUAUGAAUUUGAAAGGUGUUUCUGCAAGAAAGGUCGUCAUCAAGCUAGAGGGCUGA